AAUGGGCCUGGGAUAACUAGCCUACCAAUUGUUCUUUUAUAAUAUAUUUGUUCUGUUAGAAAGCAUUGAACUUAAUAAAAUAAACAUCUGCAGGAUAUUAUAUUUCAAUUUAAUUUACAUUACAUUUACAUUUAAUUUUAUUUAAUUUAAACUUUUUGAAUCACAAAAUUAAUCAUAGUUCUGUCAUGUUUUAUUGACACUACUAAUCGAGGAGCUACAGAACUGAUCUAAGCAGAUGCAACUUACAACGAAAAUAACAAUUGAAUUUCCUAUUGUUUCAAACUUUAUUCAUACAUUCAUACUUUUAUGAUAAUUUUGAUCUGUUCACUAGUUCACUGUGGUGGGGUUUAAUAGUUAUAAAUUGUUCUCUCUCUCUCUCUCUCUCUCUCUCUCUCUUUCUCUCUCUCUAUAUUCCAUGAGUCUUCUCAAAUAAGAAACUUCAUACAAAUGGCAGAAAUAAUAAUAAUAAUAAAAGAAGCCUAUAAAAGCUGUUUUGUUUCAGAAGUUACACAGCAGGAUGAAGGGUGUUAAUUUAAAAAAAACUAUUCUAUUUUAUUCUAUUCUAUUCUUUACUACAUCUACAGCAGCAGCAUGCCAUCAAAUGUACAUUAUAUGAGAACAGGCAGGAGAAUUGCCUAUUGAACAUACAAUAAACUGCUUUUUUUUUGUGCUCCAAUCUCAGUGUCAGCUAAAUAAAUAUCCUCUGACCAAUAGCUGCCCUGAUAUAAUCCAUUAACCGUAGUCAAGGCGGGGCAUAUCAGUUUAUAAAACAGCCGGUGAAGUGUUUACUAAGUUCCCCGACCCUCCAAAGCUCAGCGCGCUGUGACUGUGACCCGGCCCGGGCAGCUGACUGGACUCAGGACCAUGACGAGCUCAGAGAUACUGACCAUAGUCGUGCUCUUUACUGUCCUGUGCACCGGACAAAUGUCCCAGGAACUCACAGAUGACACACAACUGUCCCAGCAGCAAAUGGAGAAUGAACUGGCUGAGGCUAUGACAGCACUUUUGGGAAGAUAUCAGCCUCAUUUACCAUCUUCAGAAAAACGUGGCAUUCCACAGUGUGCUGUGGGAUCCCGCUGCGCCUUGAGACUGGGUCCACGCAUCGGGAAAUUGUGUGAAUGUGUCAGAGGAUCUAACUGUAACUCAUUUCUCCUAAAAUGCAUCUGAGUCAUUAAAAAAGCAGAAAAUCCACCUAAAAUCCACCUAAAAGAGGCAGCGCAUGGAAAUGUAUUUUUCAGAAUCACUUGUGUAAUGUCUAUGACAAGCAUUCAUCAAAAACGCAGCAUGACAAGCAAUAGCAAAGCAUGGGGUUAAUCUGUUAAUUCAUUUAUAUUUGUAAUGGUUGUAUUGUGUAAUCAAUAAACAUGGUUAAUAUUCA